AGUAGCUUCCCGUUAGUAUACUGAAAUACAAAGUGAUGUUCAUAACUGUUAAUUUAAAGUAACACCACCAUCACUGGAGUACUUUUAGUUAUAUGUGAUUGGGACUACCAAGCAUGUUGCUCUUAUUCAGUGUAAUCCUAAUCUCAUGGGUAUCCACUGUUGGGGGAGAAGCAACACUUUGUGAUUUUCCAAAAAUACGCCAUGGAUUUCUGUAUGAUGAAGAAAAUUAUAAGCCAUUUUCCCAAGUUCCUAUAGGGGAAGUUUUCUAUUACUCCUGUGAAUAUAAUUUUGUGUCUCCGUCAAAAUCCUUUUGGACUCGCAUAACAUGCACGGAAGAAGGAUGGUCACCAACACCAAAGUGUCUCAGAAUGUGUUCCUUUCCUUUUGUGAAAAAUGGUCAUUCUGAAUCUUCAGGACAAAUACAUCUGGAAGGUGAUACUGUACAAAUUGUUUGCAACGCAGGUUACAGCCUUCAAAACAAGGAGAAAAGCAUUUCAUGUGUAGAACGGGGCUGGUCCGCUCCUCCCAAAUGCAGCUUCACUAAAGAAGAAUGUCAUGUUCCAAUUUUAGAAGCAAAUGUAGAUGCUAAGCCAGAAAAAGAAAGCUACGAAGUUGGAGAUGUGUUGAAAUUCUCCUGCAGAAAAAAUCUUACAAGAGUUGGACCAGAAUCAGUUCAAUGUUACCAAUUUGGGUGGUCACCCAACUUUCCGACAUGUAAAGGACGAGUACAGUCGUGUGGUCCACCUCCUCAGCUCUCCAAUGGUGAAGUUAAGGAGAUAAGAAAAGAGGAAUAUGGACACAAUGAAGUAGUAGAAUAUUAUUGCAAUCGUAAUUUUAUAAUAAAAGGACCUAAGAAAAUACAAUGUGUGGAUGGAAAAUGGACAACUUUACCCACUUGUGUUGAGCAAGUGAAAACAUGUGGAUAUAUACCUGAACUUCAGUAUGGUUAUGUUCAGCAGUCUGUCUCUCCCUAUCAACAUGGAGUUUCAGUGGAGGUGAAUUGCAGAAAUGAAUAUACAAUGAUUGGAAAUAACAAGAUUACCUGUAUUGAUGGACUAUGGACAGAGCUUCCUAUGUGUGUUGCAACACACCAACUUAAGAGGUGCAAAAUAUCAGGAGUUAAUAUAAAAACGUUAUUCAGGUCAUCUGGGAAUGAAUUUAAUCAUAAUGCUAGAAUACGUUACAGAUGUUUAGACAUCCGUGGAUACAGGCACUCAGUCUGCAUAAACGGGAAAUGGAAUCCUGAACUAGACUGCACAGAAAAAAAGGAACAAUUCUGCCCACCGCCACCUCAGAUACCUAAUGCUCAGAAUAUGACAACCACAAUGAAUUAUCAGGAUGGAGAAAAAGUAGCUGUUCUCUGUAAAGAAAACUAUCUACUUCCAGAAGCAAAAGAAAUUGUAUGUAAAAAUGGACGAUGGCAAUCAUUACCACACUGUGUUGAGUCUACAGCAUAUUGUGGGCCCCCUCCAUCUAUUAACAAUGGAGAUAUCACCUCAUUCCCAUUAUCAGUGUAUCCUCCAUGGUCAACAGUGACGUACCGUUGCCAGUCCUUCUAUGAACUCCAGGGCUCUGUAACUGUAACAUGCAGAAACAAACAGUGGUCAGAACCACCAAGAUGCCUAGAUCCAUGUGUGAUAUCUGAAGAAAACAUGAACAAAAAUAACAUACAGUUAAGAUGGAGAAACAAUGAAAAAGUUUAUGUAAAAACAGGGGAUGCUGUUGAAUUUCAGUGUAAAUUCCUAUAUAAAGCGAAGAUAUCAUCACCAUCAUUUCGAGCAAUCUGUCAAGAAGGGAAAUUUGAAUAUCCCAUAUGUGAAAGAAGCGAGCUUAAUUUUCCUGAAUAAAUUCUUAAAACAUACAUCUAUGCUAAAAGUA